AUGUCGAAUACGCAAAAGACGUUGGAGGUCAAAAUCAGACCAUUCCAGAACAGCGCUCAAGAAAGAGCAGACCAGAAAGGCAUAUCACGUGUCUAUCUCUCCAAAGAAGCGCUGCUUGAUUUGAGACUCGAGGCCGGUCAGCCAUGUUUUAUAUGGAAAGUUGGAGAAAACGAGGACCAGAAGAGAGAGGCUAUUUCCUGGCCGACUUCUGAAAAGUCUCUGGGGAAAAAAGCUGCGCAAAUGACGAGGAGCUUCCAAGAGAUCUGCGGAUUCAAACUGAGUGAUGAAUUAAAGAUUUCCGCUGCGGGACCGUUGCAAAUGUUGGAGGCAGCUACUCUCCGGGACGCUACUCCUAUUGAUAUGCUUCCUGAAUUGAAGGAUGAAGAAAAGCCGACAUGGGAUUGGCCUAUAAGGGAGGCACUUUUUCGUGCUGAUAUUGUCUUUGUUGGUAUGGUCUUCAAGGAUGUUUCAUGCCGAGGGUUCAAGCGGACCUUUCAACUUGAUAGUAUCAACGGCAGUAUAGCAGGUCAAGCAAAGUACCAAGAGACAUCUACAGUCCGUAUCGCGAGUGCUACAACUGAGAGUCCGUUGCCGCAGAUCAACGGAUCUAGGCCUAAGCUACAGGUUGUUGAUGUUGCGGGCAUUGAUCAAGCGCUGAAGAAGCUCAACCGCUUCCUUGGUAACUUUGACCGCAAAUUCAAGUCAACUUUUGGUGAUCGAUCAUGUUCCGUACUACUACAUGGAGGGCAUGGUACCGGUAAGACAUAUCUGAUCGAUCAGAUCGUUGCAACUGGCUGGGGCCGAGUACAUCGGAUACAGAGAAGCACAAAAGUGGCCGCGCUUAGAAACACCUUCAAAGAUGCGAAGAUGAAUCACCCAUCAAUUUUAGUACUUGAUGAUCUUGAGAAAAUGGUAUCAAGGGAAGACUCGAUGUCUGAAGAUUUCGUGGACGCUUUGGGGGAUGAACUGGAUACUCUUGUGGCUGGCACCCUUGAGUCUUUGCCUAGAGUUCUAGUCAUCGCGGCAACUCUCAACCUUAGCUCGAUUCCCAUUGCACUUAGAGAUGAGAAGAGGUUUUCAACAGAUAUCGUCUUGCCAGUGCCAGAUGCCAUAUCCCGGAAAGCAAUCCUCAGAUCAUUUUCUAUCCCAACCCAUCCAGACAGGCGCGACGAGAUAGUUCAUCGUCUAGGUGAUCGAACACAUGCUUAUACGGCGAAGGACCUUCGUUCGUUACUUAACACUGCUCGCGAUAUUGCUGAGGAAAAGUAUGACCAUAUCGAAAAAGUUGCAGAGGGUGAAAAGAAAGAUGAUGUGACCGCUGCUCAUGGGUUCUUGAUCACAGAAGAAGAUAUCGAGCAGGCUUUGCUGCUUGUUCGUCCUACAGCCAUGCACGAUGUCACAUUGCGCCCACCAAGCGUUCGAUGGGAUGAAAUAGGAGGACAAGAAAGCGUCAAGAAGGCUCUCCGCAGAGCAGUAGAAACUCCUCUACUUUAUCCAGAACGAAUGGCCCGUCUCGGAGCCACCGCCAAAAAAGGCCUCCUCCUCUACGGCCCCCCCGGCUGUUCCAAAACCCUCUCCGCCCAAGCCAUGGCCACCGAAUCCGGCUUCAACUUCUUCGCCGUCAAAGGCGCCGAGCUCCUCAACAUGUACGUCGGCGAAUCCGAACGUGCAGUCCGCGACAUCUUCGCUCGCGCCAGAGCCGCAAGUCCCAGCGUCAUCUUCUUCGACGAAAUCGAAAGCAUCGGCAGCAAACGCGAGGGCAGAAACAGUGGUGUAAACGUCCUAACCACGCUUCUGAACGAAAUGGACGGCAUCGAAACGCUCAAAGGCGUAACCGUCCUCGCAGCCACGAAUCAACCUCAAAACCUCGACCUCGCGCUCAUCCGUCCCGGCCGUUUCGACCAACUCCUCUACGUCCCACCCCCUGAUCUCGCUGGUCGGGAAGCAAUCCUCAGAGUCAAACAACGACACAUGGAUAUGGCAUCCGACGUCGACAUUCCGGAACUAGCUCGCCUAACUCACGGACACUCUGGCGCGGAACUCGUGGGGAUAUGUCAGGUUGCGUGUGAUGCUGUGCUGGAACGGUGUGAGAUUGAGGGGAAGGAGUUGCAGUUGACGAUGCAGGAUUUGGUGGAUGCGGUGGGGGGUGCGAAGAAGCAGAUUACGCUGGAGAUGAUUGGGAGGUAUGAGGUUUGGGCUUCGGGUGCUAGGGGGGUUUUGAUGUGA